UCACUCUCAGAAGCUCCGAUCUAGACACACGCGAGGCGCUGUCCUUUCAGCACCACAAGCUCCGGCGGAGCAGCAACGACUCCUCUUGAAAUUGGCUUGGAUCUGUUCUGACUCCCCAAGAGUGCAGCGCAGUCUGGGAAGAGAGACAUAAGGAUGGUGAAGCUGAACGGUAACCCCGGUGAGAAGGGAACCAAGCCGCCUUCAGUGGAGGAUGGGUUCCAGACCGUCCCCCUCAUCACUCCCCUGGAGGUUAAUCACUUACAGCUGCCUGCUCCGGAGAAGGUGAUUGUGAAGACAAGAACGGAAUAUCAGCCCGAACAGAAGAACAAAGGGAAGUUCCGGGUGCCGAAAAUCGCUGAAUUUACGGUCACCAUCCUUGUCAGCCUGGCCCUAGCUUUCCUUGCCUGCAUCGUAUUCUUGGUGGUUUACAAAGCCUUCACCUACGACCACAGCUGCCCAGAAGGAUUUGUCUAUAAGCACAAGCGCUGUAUUCCAGCCUCCCUGGAUGCUUACUACUCAUCCCAGGACCCUAACUCCAGAAGCCGCUUCUACACAGUCAUCAGCCACUACAGUGUGGCCAAGCAGAGCACUGCCCGGGCCAUCGGGCCCUGGCUGUCGGCAGCUGCUGUCAUCCAUGAGCCCAAGCCACCCAAGACCCAGGGCCAUUAGAAGCCUAGCCCAGCCAGAAUAGGGAGGAGGGGAGUGGGGGCGGAGAUGGAGAUGGGGGGGCCCCCGUUGAUCAAGCCAAGCUCCAGUUAUAAGACAAUACUGUACUCCUGGGAGAUGAGGGCGGGGGUGGGCUGGGGGUGGGCGGGAGGGAGGAGCUCUCCUAAAAUCUCGUGCGCUGGAGUCGUCUGAAUCGAUAUUUCUUUUUUGUCCCUUGGUAUCGUUGAUUUGUCCCGAGUCAGGCUCAUGUACAAAGGCAUGUUUCGUGUUGAGUGUUCCCAUGUAAGAUAUUUUCAAAGCCACUGCUUAUUCUUUGUUAGGAAAACUUG